CCACAUAAUAUGCCCAUAAACUACCUGGUCGAAAUUGGUCUUACCCUGAGUUACAACGUCCUAUCAUGAUCCUCAUCCAUUCUUCUGAGAUCAAGUUGCCAAGACAACAAACCGUCUUAAGAAAAAUGUGAAGAAAACUCAGCAACUAGAAGGAGAGAGGAACAAUUACCUCUAACAAAAUCCGUGAAUCUGCUUCUUCCUCGCACCCUCCCUAUAGCUUCCAGAUACAUCGCCUCAUCAACUUGAUCGGUUGGAACAAAUGGGAACCCUCUAUUAUUAAUCUGGAAAGGAAAAGAAAAAGAGAAGAGAAACUUAUCAAAGUGGGAGAAAGGUUGGUGGCUUCGAUAGAGAAGAACCCAUGUUCUAGUAACCAAGAAACAACAAAAUUUGCGGGAGGAGAUUCAGAGACACAAAGUGGAAAUGUAGCCAAGAGUCAAAACCAGUCAUCUUAAAUUAACGGUCUUCGACCAGGGAGACUCUGGUAAGCAGAACCGCAUCGCUAACAUCCAAGAAACAGAGAAAGCAAGAUCAUUAGACAGGGAAAGAGCAUUUGCAAUCCCAUGAGACCAGAACAAAGCCUACAAAUUUUGCUGUUCUCCAAUCCCUCGCUAAUCCUCUCAAAUCAGGGAAUCUGAGGAAAUAAACAUAAAUAAUAUAAGGUAAUGAAGGAUUAAAAGCGUAUAGUUAUGCUUCCAGGAAAUUCACUGUAGACAAAAUAUGAUUAGCGGGUUGAGGCUUCAGGCACCUCCAGUUCCAACUGACGGCCACAAAGAUCGUGGGAAAAUAACGGAAACAUAAACCAGUGGAUCGAGCUUCUGACUCUGAGCUUCUAUUCUUUUGCACUCCCAAAAGCAAUCACGAGGGAAGAAGAUAGAAAAUUACGUCGGGUAGGUAAAUUGAGUGGACAGAAUUUAGAGAGGGAAACAAGCAGUCCACGCUUUGUCGUUUCCUUAUCCUAUCUCAAAUUCUCAACAACAGCAGUCCACUCUUCUAGCCUAAAGCUACUUACUUGCUUUGCUGCUAACUAAUCUGCAAUAAUGGAACUCUUCUUUCCAUUCAUGAACACUGCAACUCUUGCACUUGCUGUGGUUCUUCUGCUUUCUUACUUCCUCUUCAAGAGACCCAAAUCAGGAAAAGGGAAACAAGUGCCAGAAGCAGGGCGAUCCUGGCCGGUCAUCGGGCACCUCCUUUCGCUGCGAGGAGCUGAGCUUCCCCACUUGAAGUUUGCAGAGUUGGCUGACAAAUAUGGUCCAAUUUUCAUGGUCAGGAUCGGUCUGUUCCCAUAUCUGGUGGUCAGUAGUUCAGAACUGGCUAAAGAGCUCUACACCACUCACGACGCAGUCAUAUCUUCUCGCCCCAAUCUCACAGCUUCAGUUAUCUUGGGCAACAACAGUGCCAACUUUGGGUUCUCUCCUUAUGGGGAGUACUGGCGCCAGAUGAGGAAAAUAACGGCCCUGGAGCUGCUGUCCAACCGAAGGCUUGACCUGCUGAAACAUGUCAGGACUUCAGAAGUGAAAGCAGCCAUUAAGGAUCUGUACACAGUGUGGGAGAAGAGCAACAACAGAACUGGAAGCAGCAAAGUUCGUGCUCAGAUGAACAAGUGGUUUGGGGACAUGAAUUUGAACGUCAUACUGGGGAUGGUUGCAGGGAAGAGGUACUUCGGCAGUGUUGCUGUAGAGGACGAGAAGCAGGCUGAGAGAUGCAGGAAGCUGAUGAGAGACUUCUUCCAUUAUGCAGGGCAGCUUGUUGUGAGGGAUAUGUUCCCAUUUCUUGGGUUUCUAGACAUAGGAGGGCAUGAGAAGACCAUGAAAAAACUCAAUGAUGAUCUGAACAGCCUCGCCGAGGAAUGGAUUGAGGAGCAUCGUAACAAGAGGGAAAUAACAUCGUCUGAAGAUGAACAACAACAAGACUUCAUAGACGUCUUGCUCUCAGUCUUGAAAGAUGUCGACCUUAAUGGUUACGAUCUAGACACAGUCUGCAAAUCCACAGUCAUGACUCUCAUUGUUGGUGGCACUGAUACCACGACCGUGACCCUAACCUGGGCUCUAUCCCUUCUCCUGAACAAUCCAAGCACCUUAACUAGGGCACAGGAAGAACUCGACGAGAUCGUGGGCAAAGAGAGGCUGGUGGAUGAAUCAGACAUUGCGGAGCUUCCCUAUUUCCAAGCCAUUCUAAAGGAGGCAAUGAGGCUGUACCCAGCAGGUCCAAUUGGAGGCCCCCGUGAAUUCUGCAAGGAUUGCACAGUAGGUGGGUACCAUGUCCCAGCUGGGACUCGGCUACUAGUAAACUUCUACAAGCUACAAGCUGAUCCCAAGGUGUGGUCAAACCCUAUGGAGUUCAAGCCAGAGAGGUUCCUUACCGCACAGUACAAAGACCUCGAUGUGAAAGGGCAGCACUUUGAACUCAUCCCAUUUGGUGCAGGAAGAAGGUCGUGCCCUGGAAUCAACUUCGGGAUUCGGAUGACUGAAUUGGCUCUUGCAAGUUUCCUGCAAGCAUUUGAGAUCUCCACCACGUUUGGGGAGCCAGUCGACAUGACUGCAGCUCAUGGGCUUUCUGUUAGCAGAGCCACCCCGCUUGAAGUUCUGAUUAAGCCUCGCUUGUAUCCAAGCCUCUACCAAUAGACAGAACAACGAACAACCACAAGAGAUUCCCACCAAAACCCUCUCCAGCAAAUCCGAAGAAUGGUAGAUAUUACUACUACUUGGUUGUGGCUUCGUUGCCUUUUUGUACAUUACAUAUUGUAUUUUCUCAUAUCCUGAAUGUAGUGAAGACUGAAGAGCACCAUGAACGCCCUAAAAGCUCAACAAGUAAUCCUACCAAAAGGGAAGAACCACUACGGAAAAUACCUCUUUGCUCGUUGGACAACUCCACCUUCGCAAUUCUUCGGUUCAAAACUCCCAUAUUUUGGGAAGCGAAGCAUUUAGCGUUCUUGCAUCUGCAGAGUCCCAAUCUUGGUUUUAUACGAUCUAAUUUUGAAUUGUCAACGAAACAAGAAUAAAAAACUAAUUUUGGG